CAAUAUCGUCAUGUUAUGCGCAUGCGUUGGUUAUUCUUAGCUCUGCGAAUCCGUAUUAAAUUUCUGAACAUUUUUUCAGUCCGCGAGUUUACGCGUUGGGGUGCGGUUCUCCGUUUCGAAAUUUAUGUAGUGACAAGAACUCUUAUAGCGAAUUACAAACGAGUGAAAAGAUUUGAACAGUUCCAGAAAGAAGCCCCAACAGAAAUGGCCGACACAGUGAAGAAAUCUAGAAUAGUAAGUGAAGAAGACAAGGAUAUGGAGGCGGCUUUGUUAGAAGAAUUUAACAUCAGAUUAAAAAAGUGCAUGAGCAAUGACGACCUCCAAAAGGAGGCGGAGCCCCCCGAGCCCCACGAAAUCUACGAAAGCGUCGGCGUAGACAAUCUUCACGAGAAUUACUACGAAGAACCCUCGGACGUCCUGGAAAACGGACACGACGACGAAAACAUCUACGAAAACAUACCGGAAAAGACUGAACGAUCGGACCAAAACGACUUAGCAGUAGCGGGAAUCGAAGACCAUUACGAAGAGUUGGAGGAGGCUCAUGUCCCUUUGCCCACCACCUUUUUAACGGAUUACUCGGAGAGCAAAUCGCCAGAGUCGGACGGCAAGGCGUCCGUGAAAAAUCGGAUGUUGUUAUGCACCGACGACACCUCCACGUUGCUCUUCACUCAAACGGUGACGUCGCCCAUGCUCACUCCUUCCGAGGAGAACAUCGACUUCCUCAAAGGCUUCCAACGCGAGCCGAUCAACUCGGACGGUGCGCUAUCGAGCGCUCCUCCUUUACUGGAGGACGAGAACUUUUACGAAAACGCCAGUUUUUUCAAAAACACCACGCCGGAGAACAUGUACGAGAAUUUGAGGCUCGACGAUAACGUUUACGACAACUUGGAGUUCGACAAAGGGGAGAACAUCUAUCAAACGGUGGAGGAGUGCUCUGAGGAUAGAAAAAGCGAAGGGAGUUUGGAGGAGUUCAUCCGGAACGAGAGGGAAUCAUCCGGAGGCUUCGAAGAAACGAAGAACCUCGAAACUUCGAAAGUGAUUACGAAAAGUGAGACGGUAGUAACGAAGGAGAAAUCGAUCGAAACGUAUUCCGAGAUGGUUUACCACGCUAGAUCGGAAACCGGUUCGAAUUACUACGAAAAGUACACGGAGGUAUUGCUGAAGAACUCGAAGAACGAGAUCGGGAACCGGGAGAAAGAUACUGAGACGGUGCCCGCGGAGAUCGUGAAGAACCUCAAGUCGCAGCUUUGGAACUGCAAGUCAGGGGCGGAGGUGGUCGGUACCGUCAAGAAAGAGGGUGUCAAAGAAGCCAAGGCGGGAGUAAACAUCGUCGACCAGAUUAAGAAGUUCGAGCAUAGUGACGAGGACAAAGCGGAAGACAGUACCGAGUAUUCGGAGACUAUAAUGGAAAGUAACUCGCCCGGAGAAAUGAUUAUUAAAAAGAAAAAAACUAAAAAGACCCGAAAGGAAGAAAAGGAAAAUAUUUCGGUUACCGAUAACGGAUUUGUUGAAGCCGAAAAUUUUUAUAAUGUUAACGUUAAAAUUUUGUGUAGGAGCUUUGGCGAUUUAACAAAAAUCGACGGCAAGCGCUGGCGGGAGAGCAAAAAGAACAGCGAACGAUGGCGCACUAAAUCGCUUACGGACGUUUCGCCUGCUUCUAUUAACAUUAAACCCAUCGAAAACGUAUUCACCGGAGUGUCGGUUCGGAUAUUGAAGGAGAGAUUUAACACUGAACCCGCUGUUAGAGGGCUGCUUAAAACGUUUCCCUUUAAAAGUGAUGAACUGAAAUCGAGCUUUAGCAAAUUCGACGCCCUCCAAAAGAAGAACGUCCUCCACGUUAGGUCCUCCGACUCCACCAAGGCCCAUGAAAAAUUUAACGGCGCCCAGAUCGACGUGACCAACUGCAAGGCGUGCGGCAAACAGGUCUUCCAGAUGGAGCAGAUGAAGGCGGAGAAAGCGAUCUGGCACAAAAAUUGCUUCAGGUGCACCGAAUGCAACAAGCAGCUGACGGUGGAUACGUACGAGAGCAACGAAGGCAGUUUGUAUUGUAAGCCGCAUUUCAAGGCCCUGUUCGCGCCGAAAGCGGUCGAAGAAGAUACCCCCGCACCGAAGUCAAGAAGACCGGAGCUGAUUAUACGAGAGAAUCAGCCGGUAGAGUUGCCCCCUGAUGUGGUCAGAGCGAGCGACAAGCCCGACUUGGGCCUGGAGGAGCUUCAAAGCCUCAACGUCAAAGAGCGCUUCCAGGUGUUCGAACACUACCAGACCGAAACUAGCCAAACGGAGACGGAACGCGGCAACAUCAACGUCAAACGUUCCCCCUCCAUCCUCUCAAAACUUGCCAAGUUUCAGAAACACGGCAUGGACGUGGGCGUGUCUAACGAGGCCCUCGACGGGAUACCCGUUGAGGAAAGUUCCUCGGAAGGGGAGGAGGAGGAGGAAAUUCUAGAGGGCGAGGACAAGGACUUGGUGCGUGCCAAGCGCGUGCAAAAAGAGAAGCCCUUCCACUUCACCGGCAUGUCCGACGUGAAGAAGAAAUGGGAAAGCGGCGAUCAGUCGAAGGAAGAGAGACGGGAGGAGAGGAAGCAAGAGAUACAGUCCAUCAGGAAUAAGUUGUUUAUGGGCAAGCAGGAGAAAAUGAAAGAAGCUUACCAACAGGCGGUGAUGGAGAGCGAAUCGAGCACCAACUUGCGUAAAAAUCUAGCCGAAAAAAUCGAAAUCUGUGAUACGAAGUCCAUUAAGGAACGUUUCGAGAAGGGAGAAGUGGCGAACGACAAAACCAACAGGGAAAGGAAUAAUGAAGACGAAGAGGUGUACGAAAGCGAUAUGAGUAAGAAAUCGAGAUCUUUGUUUCUGGAACUGGACGCCAGCGCUUCCAAACCUCCUCAAAUAUCGCCGACAUCCCCGCCGAAAUUAGAAGUGAAGAAAGCUAGAGAGGCUUAUCUAGCCAAAAGGUCCAACGAGGACACCGUCAAGUCCACAGAAUACGUCGAGGACAUCGAGGUUAAAACGGCCGAUAUCCAAGAGAGAUUCAAGUUUUUCGAGACCUACAAGGAGCCCGAGAAACAAAGGAAGCAGUUCAGAAUGACCCCGCCCAGAGAUCCGUCACAAGUCAAGACGGAGACGCCGGAGAGAGAGAUAUAUCGGGAUCCCGAGGUGAUCAGGUCCGAGGAAAUCGUGGACGAUUCGGUCAUAGCCAAGGAAACGCACACCGCAUCGAAAAUGCUCAACAAGUUCAGGCAAAUGGAGGAGAACUUGCAAAGGGAACCGGAAUCAACCGGCCCCAAACCCCUGAAGCGAUUCACUCCGCCCCCGGAACCUGCCAAACCGGAAUCGAACAGCGAGGAAGAGUCCGGCUCAGAGUACGAAGAGGAGGAGGAAGAGGAGGUGGACCACUGUAGAUUACCGGAAGACGUGAUCGAGGCUCAAAAAGCGGCCAGAGCUAGACAGCUGCGCGCCAAAUUCGAGAAGUGGGAGGCCAACGAAAUAAAGAAGGAACAACAAAAUAUGGUGAACGUUGUGGAGGAGUACGGCGAGGAACAAUCGCAAAUCGAAUCUACGCGGGUGUUAAGAGCCCGAUUCGAAUCGAUCCAACAAUCGAGUACCGACAAAAGCAGAGCGCCGCGGGUCAAACCAGGCCGUUUUGUGUAAAAGAACAAGCCCCCAGCUCCCUUCCCCCAUUAAAGAAAAUCACCUCCCUUUCGGUCGUCGUCGGAACAACCAAGUCAGUGUAAAAUACCCCAUCUUUUCUAUCGGUCUUUUUUUUCUACGUCGAUUUUUUAAAGGCCCUCGCGUGGAAGGAUACUUUCGUGUGGUACCAAAGCUAGUGCAAUAUUCGGAAUAGUGAGAGAACUUUUAACGAAAAUUUUAGGCGAUCUUUUCCCCGUUUUAUUAAAUUUUGUUGUUUUAAUGUUAGCGUUUAACUACUGCGAUAUAGCUUGUUGUUUUAUAAAUGAGAACGUUACAUAGUUUAAUAGCGUCUAAUGUUUGUAUCGAUUUAUGUCAACGCACAAGUCACAAGACGGACAAAGUACGGUGUGUCCCAUUUUUUAAGGGUUUUACGGUGUAUCUUUUUCCGAGGUGGCACAAACAGAUAAUCCAUUUUGGAAAAUUUACCUUUUUUUUAACUAGUAAACUUAUCGUAAGCUGGUCUGUAUGGAUUUUUAAAUUUUUCAAAAACACAAGUUCUGAGAAUUUGACCUGAAACACAUUUUUUGGUGCUUUUUUUUUAAUUUUUUGUUAGCAAUUAUUAUAAUUGCAAUAGUUUUAUGGGUUUUUGUUUGCAAAAAUAUUAAACAUUUAGUAAAUCGGAAAAUAGUUUGCAAAAUAUACGAGGAACUAAUGACCAAAUUCCGACCAGCCAAAAGGUUAUUUUUACGAUACCCCUUUCUUCGGAUUACACAGGCCCAAGUUUUUAAAUAAGGAAUAAGCUUUUAUCACUUCUUUUAUUUAAUGUUUUAACACUAUUUUGCGGAGUUGUCAGGCUAUUGUAAAAAGUAGAUUUUGAUAUACACACUUAACUUGUGUCUUCUUUUUUUUUAGUGUAACUUUAUGUAUGUCUUAAUAAUAUUAUUAGGCUUGUUAUUAGCUUUUCAAGAAUAGUAAUAGAUAAAAACUAUUUUAAAUUAAAAAAAAAAAACGCCUUAAUUCUCUAAUGAAAAAUACCAAACAUUUUUAUAUCAGCAGGAAAAUGAAAUAGAAAUUAAAAUGUGCGUCAUGAGCCGUAAAGUUAUGAUAUAUUUCUUUUAAAUUAAAGUAAAUUGAAAUAUCACUUAUUCGUUACAUAUUUUUUACAAGCAUAACAAAAUUAUUAAAAUACGUACAGCCAUUAAAAAGAAAGAAAAAAAGAAAAAGAAAACUGACUACGCCGCUGGAUCCUAGGUAAAAAAAACCUAUCCAGGCCACAUUUUCUACAAGUUUACAAGCUUAGCAACCUUUUAGCGUUUUUAUUUCAAUAUAAGUAGCGAAAUUUUAUAUUUAAACUACUACACACUUGCACCGAAUACAAAAUUGGAUUUGUCGUUUUGGAGUUGUUCUUAUUUCUUCCUAUAUUUCCGUUUGUAUCACCUUCCAUUAAAUUUAUUAAUAAAGGAGAUACGCCCGUAAAACCAACAAAAAUGCAACGCACUGUAGACCGGCAGGUAGCAAUACUCUCUUAUUUAAAAUUUUUACCUUGUGUUGAGUUGAAAGUCGUUUUUCAUGUUGAAGGCGAGAACGGUGUAGGUAUCAAUUUAUAUCGGACGUCCAUACACACAAUUUUUUUAAAAUAUUUUUAAGUGUACUAUAUUGAUUACUGUGCCAAUUUUUUUUCUAUUCGGGCAACUUAACGAAAUAAAUGCGUUUUAACUGA